UUAAGCAGAGCUUUAUAGAAGAAGUUAAUCUAUAGAGAGAAACGGGAGGCAAUCACUCACUGGACCGAUUGUUAAAAGAUUGAAACAAAAGUGAAAGAGUUUAUUAUCCCUCAUUUUACAACUCAAAAAAGGAAAGCCUUUUCUCCCUUUUUCAAGUUAUUUAGUUUGAAGAAUAUCGUUAGAUUCUUUCUUUUCUUUGUUUCUGGGUUUUGUCCAGGAUGAUGAUGAUGGAUGAUGAUCAUAAAACUCCCCAUGAUAUUUCUCCAGCUAUAAUGGAUACUGAGAUCACAAGAGAGGUAUCACCCAGCCAACACGAAAGAUGGAGAUGCCUUGUGUUAGAUAUAGAGCUGAGAGCACAAGAAGACGCUCGUGGCUCCUUCACUCCUCCUAGUGUUGUGUCUCAACGGUUCAACUUCUCUCCCAUGGCAAGUCCUAGAAUCGGUCCUUCCUCCUCCUCAAGAAGAACCAAUCUCAAGAAUGUCUUUACCUUCAGAAACCGGAACAACAACAAUGCAGAUAUUGAGGAAGGUGCCGGUUUGGUAUCUAACAUCCCAAGAACAUGGUCUCUCACUAAUCUCUUAACCCUUCUAAAAUCCAACAACACAGAGUCUUUACCUCUAACCCCUUUGGUUCACUCGAAUCCUGAGUCAAUGCACGGGGGGAGGAGCUAUACCCUUGAUGGUCAAGAGCAUACACUGCCUAUUCGCCGUUCACGUUCUGUCCCAACACUCAUUGACAAAGAUGGAAAUGUGAAGCAACCGUUAGGGCUUCUCCGUGUGAUUCCUACUCCAUUUCAACGGCUGGAUAGUGAGAGUAAACUCAACUGUGAUGGUGGAGAAGAUGUUCCGGAAGAGGAAGCUGUGUGCAGAAUCUGUAUGGUUGAGUUAGGAGAAGAUUCAGAAGCUUUCAAGAUGGAGUGCAUGUGCAAAGGGGAGCUAGCUCUUGCCCACAAAGCCUGCACCAUUAAAUGGUUCACUAUCAAAGGGAACAUAACAUGUGAUGUGUGCAAACAAGUUGUGAAGAAUCUCCCCGUGACACUUCUCCGUGUGGAGGAUUCUCAGGACCGGUCUAGAGCAGCCGAGCGUACCGAGAUGUCACGGUUAAACGAGUGGCAAGAUGUGCCAGUUCUUGUCAUUGUAAGCAUGCUUGCUUACUUCUGUUUUCUCGAGCAGCUUCUGGUCAUGGAAAUGAAAUCUAGUGCCGUUGCAGUAGCUUUACCUUUCUCUUGCAUUAUUGGCCUUCUUGCAUCCGUUAUAUCAACAACAAUGGUGAAGAGGAACUAUGUGUGGAUAUUCGCAACCAUUCAGUUUGGUUUAGUGGUCCUUUUCGGUCAUGUUUUCCUUCCACUUGUUAAGCAGCCGGUUGUGUGCAUUGUCUUAGCCACUAUGAUCGGAUUUGGACUCACCAUGUCCAGCACAACGGCUAUUAACGAGUUUUUCAAAUGGAGGAGAAGCUAUACUCAUCACCAGGCAGCCGAGCCAGCUAGCACUCAGGUGGUUCCACCACCGUCUCAGGCAGCAGUAGAGUAGCUCUUUGCUCAAGCUAGAGUGUUGUUGUUAUAGUUAAUAGAAUUAGUUUUAGGUUUAUAGCUGAAUCCAUUUGUCAAUGUUGUUGAGAUGGAACAGCAGUUUAAUGCUAUUUUGUGACAUCAUAUAUAUUUUACUUUCUUUUUUUUAUUGUUCUUGCAUCACAUGAUGAAAGGCA